CCACCCCCCGCCCCGGCCGGCCACCAGAUUGUGCACGUCCAGGGGGACUCGGAGACCGACCUGGAGGCGCUCUUCAAUGCCGUCAUGAACCCCAAGACGGCCAGCGUGCCCCAGACCGUGCCCAUGAGGCUCCGGAAGCUGCCUGACUCCUUCUUUAAGCCGCCGGAGCCCAAAUCCCACUCCCGACAGGCCAGUACCGAUGCAGGCACUGCAGGAGCCCUGACUCCACAACAUGUUGGAGCUCAUUCUUCUCCAGCGUCCUUGCAGCUGGGAGCCAUUUCUCCUGGGACAUUGACCCCCACUGGAGUAGUCUCUGGCCCAGCAGCUACACCCGCUGCCCAACAUCUUCACCAGGCUUCUUUUGAGAUACCUGAUGACGUACCUCUGCCACCAGGCUGGGAGAUGACCAAGACAUCUUCUGGUCAGAGAUACUUCUUAAAUCACAUUGACCAGACAACAACAUGGCAGGACCCCCGGAAGGCCAUGCUUUCUCAGAUGAACGUUACAGACCCCACCAAUCCACCAGUGCAGCAGAAUUUGAUGAACUCGGCCCCAGGUCCUCUUCCUGAUGGAUGGGAACAAGCCAUAACUCAGGAUGGAGAAAUUUACUAUAUAAACCAUAAGAACAAGACCACCUCUUGGCUAGACCCAAGGCUUGAUCGUUUUGCCAUGAGCCAGAGAAUCAGUCAAAGUGCUCCAGUAAAACAGCCACCACCCUUGCCUUCCCAGAGCCCACAGGAAGGUGUUGUGGGUGGUAGCAACUCCAACCAACAGCAACAGAUGCGUCUCCAACAACUUUAGAUGGAGAAGGAAAGACUUCGGUUGAAACAGCAAGAGCUGCUUCAGCAGGCAAUGCAGAAUAUCAAUCCCAGCACAGCAAAUUCUCCAAAAUGUCAGGAAUUAGCUCUUCGUAGUCAAUUGCCAACACUGGAGCAGGAUGGUGGAACUCAAAAUCCAUUGUUUUCUCUCGGCAUGUCUCAGGAAUUAAGAACAAUGACGACCAAUAGCUCAGAUCCCUUUCUUAACAGUGGCACCUAUCACUCUCGAGAUGAGAGUACAGACAGUGGGCUAAGCAUGAGCAGCUACAGUGUCCCUCGGACUCCAGAUGACUUCCUAAACAGCGUUGAUGAAAUGGAUACAGGUGAUACUAUCAACCGAAGCACCCUGCCCUCACAGCAGAACCAUUUCCCGGACUAUCUUGAAGCCAUUCCUGGGACAAAUGUGGACCUUGGAACACUGGAAGGAGAUGGAAUGAACAUAGAAGGAGAGGAGCUAAUGCCCAGUCUGCAGGAAGCUUUGAGUUCUGACAUCCUUAAUGACAUGGAGUCUGUUUUGGAUGCCACCAAGCUAGAUAAAAAAAGCUUUCUUACAUGGUUAUAGAGCCCUAAGGUAGACUGAAUUCUAAAUCUGUGAAGGAUUUAAGGAGAUGAGACAUGUAUACCUGAAAUUUCCAAAUAAGCCCGUUAAAUUUUCCUGGCUAAUACAGAAAAAGAUGAACAAACGUCCAGCAAGAUGCUUUCAUCCAUUAUUUUGCUCCUCCUUGUUCAUUGCUGCUGUUAAUAUAUUGCUGACCUCUUUCUCAGUUGGCCCUAAAGAAUAAAAAAAAAAAGUUUUUUUUGUUUCUUUUGCUACUAUAACUCCUGUUCGUUGUGGGGCCUGGGGAAAUGAGCCUGUUUGGAUGAUGGAUGUCAUUCCUUUUGCCCAGUUAGAUGGUCACUGAUCAUUUUAACUGUUUAGACUUGGAAGUCAAAUGCUUCAUUGUCACAGCAUUUAGUUUGUUCAAGUAGUUGUUUCUUCAGCUGCCUUUGGCCAGUGGCAAAACAUGUCUUACUGGUCUGACAAGCCAAAAAUUAUGUACCUGAUUUAAGUACUUAAUGCUGAUUUGAAGAGCUAACUGAAACCAAGGCUGAAGACUGUUUUUUACCUUCAGUGGUUUUUUUUUCCCCCUAGUGCUAUCAUUAGUCAUGUAGUGACCUUGAUUUUACUUUAGGAGCUUAUAAGGCAUGAGCCAAUUUCCAUAGAAAUACAUUAAUUAUUAUCUCUAGUAUAGAUUUGGGUGGAUAUUUUUGUGGGUGUUUUAUUUUUUGUUUGGGUUUUUUGGUGGUGGUGGUUUUUUUUUUUUUUUUCCCAGAACCUAGGCAAAUUACUAUAUUAGUGAAUCUGUUUAUAAUUGUAGCUUGGGAAAGUUAUUGUAGUUCUUUGGUAAAAUCUGUAUUUCCUGGUUUUUGCCAUCUUAUUUAAAUCUUGAUUAUCUCCUUUUUCUAUAUAUUCACACACCCAGUUACAGUGUUUAUAAUAGUGUGAUAGCAGAAUGUAUCUUUUUUUAGGCUUCCCUACUUUCCAGUUUAUUUUUUAAGUGGUAGCUUU